AAUGCGCCUUUCUUCCAACUUUUCAGUUCUUUUCUCGUUUCCCCUGCAUUGGAGACUCAAAAUAAGAAGUCUAACCGUUUGAAAACGCGUCAUAGAAGUGCAGCCGAGACAUGACACAUAGAUUGGAGUGGGACUGACUAUAUAUAGACAAACAAAUACAAAACCAUUCGAUCGUUUUGCUUCCUCUCCCUCCCACCACCAUGAGCGACGACAUCUCCACCGCGCCGUCGGCGUCGACGAAGACGUUCAUCACUGCGCUCGUAUUCAACGCCGCCGUCUUCGGUAUCGAGAUCGCUGCAUUCACCUUACUACGACCCUACUUCAAGGCUAUUUACGAACCCCGCACCUAUGUUCCAGCCCCAUCCAAGAGGAUUCGACCUCUUUCAAAAAACAUUUUCUAUUGGCCAAUUGCAGUCUUCAAGGCGGACUACAAUGAUAUUAUCAAAGCGAACGGCAUGGACGCUUAUCUCUUCGUUCGCUUCCUCCGCAUGAUGGUCAAGAUUUUCUUGCCAAUUUGGUUCCUUUCCUGGGCCAUCCUGCUACCUGUCACGAGCGUGAAAACUCGAGUGGGAAAUAACGAGAAGUUGGAUAUACUCGUUUUCGGGAAUGUGGCUACUGAUAAACAGGAUCGGUAUGCUGCGCAUAUAAUCCUUGCCUGGUUGUUCACAGGCUGGGUGCUUUACAAUAUCAAGAAUGAAAUGCGCAAUUUCAUCCUUAAGCGACAACAGUUCCUCAUUGAUCCUGUCCAUUCCAAAUCUGUCCAGGCGAAUACUAUCCUCGUCACCGGCAUACCCGCCAAGUACCUGUCGCAGGAGGGGCUAAUGAAGUUAUUCGGCGAACUUCCUGGCGGUGUUAAACGUAUCUUCAUAAACCGAAAUCUCAAGGAGCUUCCCGACAUCUACGAUCGUCGCCUCGAUGCCUGUAACAAGCUCGAGUCGGCUGAGAACAAACUGCUCUCCAUCGCUAGCAAAUUGGACAAAGCUUCUUCGGAAGAGACUGCCGUGGCUGUUCCCCAAAACAAACGCCCUACACACAGGCUUGGAUUCCUUGGUCUCUGGGGGAAGAAGGUGGACUCCAUUGACUGGGCCAGAGAGGAGAUUCAGAAGUGUACUCAGCUACUCGACGAAGGCAGGGCAAAACUCGACGACCCCUCCGGCACCACGUAUCCUCCACUCAAUAGUGCAUUCAUCACGUUCAACCGACAGAUCGCAGCACAUUUGGGAAUACAAGUCCUUCUCCACCAUGAACCUUAUCGAAUGAGUGGUCGCUAUACCGAAGUUGCACCUGACGACGUUAUCUGGGCUAACCUCGGAAUGAACCCAUACGAAAUGAAGGUUCGGCUAGUGAUCAGCUAUUCAAUUACUGCGGCUCUCAUUAUCUUUUGGGCGUUCCCUGUGGCUUUCGUUGGUAUCGUCUCCAAUGUGUAUACGCUAUGUAGCACGGCUAGCUGGCUUGCGUGGAUAUGUACAUUACCUGGCCCGGUCCUGGGUAUCAUUUCGGGUAUCCUUCCCCCCGUCGCUCUCGCAGUUCUCAUGAUGCUCCUCCCCAUUGUUCUUCGUCUGCUGGCACGUUUCGAAGGCAUUCCAAAAAAGACAGGCCUGGAACUCAGUCUUAUGACGCGUUAUUUCAUCUUCCAAGUCAUCCAUUCAUUCCUUAUCGUUACUAUAUCUGCCGGUAUCAUUGCAUCUCUGGACGGUCUUAUCAACAACCCGACAUCUAUUCCCACCUUGCUCGCUCAAAACUUGCCGACAUCUUCCACUUUCUUCUUGACGUAUGUGAUCCUGCAAGGUCUCUCUGGAACAGCAUCCGGAUUUUUGCAGAUCGUCCCACUGGCUAUCUAUUACGUGAAGCUUUACCUUCUCGGAAGUACGCCGCGGAGCAUCUGGGGGAUCAAGUACGGUGCUCGUAAUGUGGCCUGGGGCACUCUUUUCCCCGGUAUCACGUUGUUGACUACGAUUACUCUCGGAUAUUCCAUCAUUUCACCCAUUAUUAAUGGUCUAGCUUGUGCAACUUUCUUCUUGUUCUAUCAACUGUACAAGUAUCUCUUCUUGUGGCAGUUCCAGCAGCCCGAUGAUACCGGUGGUUUGUUCUUCCCGAAGGCAAUGCAACACAUCUUUGUCGGUUUGUACGUCGAAGAGGUCUGUUUGUGCGCCCUCUUUUUCCUCGCCCGGGACGAGAAUGGUAAAGCCAGCGCGGUAGCAGAAGGUGCUCUGAUGGUUGUAUUGAUUAUACUCACUGUCUUCUUCCAUCUGAUCAUCAACAACUCUUAUGACCCGUUAAUCCACGCUCUUCCGCUCAGCUUGGUGGAAAAGAUGGAAGCUGCGCAGGUCGAUGCGGAAGAAGAGGAAGACUCGUCUAAUCGCACCGGGUCCGAGACGCGUCUAGCGCCUAACGGUCCUCAACAGGACAAGUCCGAGUCGACGAAGCCGCCCGAGAAAGAGAAGAUUGCUUCUUCGAGUUCAGAUGGAGAUAGCGAAGGCUCACAUGAUAGUGGAGGUGGCGUCGCGAAGGAAUACGACUUUAUGGCGGCAAAGAACAUGAAGGAGCGGCAGAAGGAGGAGGACAGCUAUGGCUUCGCACAUCCUGCAGCUUCGAGGCCUCAGAGGAUCGUGUGGCUUCCUUUAGCUCAUGGUCCUGUUGGGGAGUUGUCCAAGUCUGAGGCGAAGGAAUGUUUGGAACAUGGGGUUAUCGUGAGCCUGGUUGACGCUAAGAUGAACGAAAAGGGCAAGGUGGAUAUUACUGGCCCGCCGCCUGACUUGGUGAGGGAGGAGUGAGUGUGCCUUUCAUAUCUAUUUCACGCCGUGUCCGGAUAAACGAUACAUGUUUCUUAAUGACUAUGGUACGACAGCGAUUCAGUUUUCUAUACCCUUACCUGUACUAGUCCUGCUAUUCCGCCUUUCAUUCCGGGUCCUAGUUAUGUUAA